AUGACGCAAUCCGAACACGCGCCCGUGUUGGACGGCCUGCCCGUUUUUGACAACCAUCACGGCCGUACCGAGGUCUGGCCGGGACUGACAGUGGACGGGUUGGCAGGACAACCGAAGGUGUUUAACUCCACGGAACUGAUGGAGUUGACGGGGCAAACCAUCGUCGACGAUUUUCAGUGCGUGGAAGGCUGGUCGGCGCCGGGGCAGGCGUGGGAAGGCGUGCCGCUGGCUGCCCUGCUCGCCAUCGUGAAGCCGUUACCGGAGGCCCGGUAUGCGGCGAUCGCGGCGGCCGAUUUCCGUGUGGGCGUUCCGUUGGAUGAUCCUUCCGGCAUCCUGCUCGCGACCAGGCUGAACGGCGCGGACCUGCCCGAGGAGCAUGGCGGACCGUGUCGCCUGGUGAGCGUCGGGCAGGCCUGCUACGCCAGCGUAAAGUGGGUGGAUAGAAUCACGCUGACGGAUGUUCCCCCGGAGGAGACCGCCAGAGAAAUCGCGAUGGCGCGGAACGCCGGCGGGUGA